ACACACACUCACACACUCACUCACACCUACACGCACACUCACACACGCUCACACACACAUUCACAUAUACACGUUUACAAACACAUUUAUGCAUAAUACUGCAUCAGUUUAUAGAAAACCGCGUAGUCAAGCACACACACAUACAUACAUACAUACAUACAUACAUACAUACAUACGCACAUAUACACUCAUGCAAAUGCUGCGCAAAAUCACACAGGUUCAUAGACAUACUCGGAGACACAAUACACGACACGCAUCAUUAUUGUCAUCGUCAUCUUCACUACCAUAUCCACCACCACCACCACCACCGGUACCGCCAUCGUCACCUUCGUCAUUACCGCCAUCAUUAUCAUCAUAGUCUUCAUCCUUUUCAUACUGAGGAUGUUGAGCUCGCGUGCGUGUGUGCGUGUACGAGUGCGUGUGUGUGAAUAGAUGAACAUCUCAUUUUAAAAUAAGCGACGAAACACAAAUAGCCUUGUUUAAUGUGUUUAUGCAUAAUAAUUGGUAAAGACACACAUAUACUGAAAACUAACCCCUGCACAUUCACAACACGUAUCUAAUACACAAACAUACAUACAUAUAUGUACACACACAUAUGCAUACAAGUGCACUCAUAUACCUCAAAGGAUUAUCAUGAUUAUUCUUAUAAAUGUAUUAAAUUGCACCAAAGUGAAAGGAUAUAAAAAUUCUGGUUUAUGUAUAUAGUAACAUGCACGCGCGCACAUUCACCUCUAGAGACGCAAAUAUACACACUUGAGUACAUAUAUGUAUAUUUUGGUUAGUAACAGUACAAUGUAUCUAUACACACGUCCAUGUACAGCAAGGGGCAGUGGCCAAGCAGAAAAAAUAAAUUCUGAGAAUCUAAAAGCAAACAAAAAAUAACAAAAAUUCUAAUGGUUAAAAUAUGUUAUUUCUAAAACAAAAAUAAUUUUACAUUUCUUUGAGGGUGGGUUUAUUUCAAAGUUUUAUGUUAUAUAUCAUCAGACAUCUUAUUUCCAUGUGUAUUCUUUAUAAAAUUCUUUAUAUUUUUCCCCCUUUUAAUAUACCUUGUAUGACGUUUGCGAAACAAGAGUUUUCUCUGUGUGUGUGACUGUAGAUAUAUUUGUUACCUAAAAUCUACAAUGAACUUAGAUUCGAAACCCAGCUAAUUGCAAUUACAGAGGACUAAAUACUUGUUACUAAACCAGAGCUGGUUAAAGCUAAACAUAGACGGAUUGGUGACGCCUCUUUCAACAAAACCCUAAACCAAUCGCAAAUGAAAUCGUGAAGUGACCUCAGAAAUGUAUCAGUAUUACAGAUAUUCACCGACUAUUUUCAACACAAAAAUAUCAGGUAAGACUAAUGAAAUAUCCAUUGGCAAGUCGAGGAACGGAGGUUGAAUUAAAUCGUAAGCAUACCACAAUCCGAUUAACAGCACAGUUAUGUUGAUAUGUACACGCACAAAUACAAUCGCACACACCUACACAGGUACAUGAAACAGGUGAAUACAAGAAAUAUAAAAAAUAGGUGUGAAAAGGUUUGUUUCCGGACAUGAACUUCCAUUAAAAUAUACCACAAUGUUUUUCAAUUGAAACGUCAUCCAAUCGCAAAUUGAAUUCUCUAACUUCUAUAAACUGAUCAUGUGGCCACUUUCUUCAAAUAUUCUCAACUGCAUCCUCAUUUGUUGGCAUGUAUGAUCGAUAAUCUUCGUGCUUUCUUGGUUCUUAAUUUUGCCACGCAUACCAACCAGGUCACUUAUCUGUGAUGAUCCUGACUAAAGUAACGUUAAACAACGCAAUGUUACGAUACAAGAAAUCAUAAACUCAAAUAUUGACAACAGUAACACCAAACUAUAAUAAGAAUAAAAAGAGGAGCAGAAGAAGCGACGACAGAAAGAAAAAAAUUGUUAAAUCUACGAAAUCUCUCAUCUAACCAAUAACACAAACGCUACUUACAAUAAAAUAACAGUGUAAUGAUAUUAUUAGUGCUCCGAAGAAGGUAAAAACAAACAAAGAGUUGUUUAUGGAAAUGAGUGUUUUUAACCAUAGCACACAUCAGUUUAACGCCAUGAGUGUUAAUCCGUCACCGUCCCCCAACUCCGGUUCAUCGUCAGCAGCAGCAGCAGCAGCGGCGGCAGCAGCCGCCGCUGUCCACUUAAGCAGUUAUGGCCUUGAAAAUACAACAGAAUUAGGGGACUGGUUCUUUGGCUGGAACGAUACAUGGAACGAAACUAACAACGAUUCGUCGUAUAGUACGUCUUCUGAAGCACCUUCGCAAACUCCUCUUCCACUCUGGACAACAGUGAUACUCGGUAUCAUGGCGGGUGUGUGCAGCCUAGUCACUGUGCUAGGUAACGCCAUGGUACUGUUUUCCUUUGCUAUUGAGCGAACCAUUCGCCAACCGACGAACUAUUUUAUAGCAUCUUUGGCAGUAUCUGAUCUUUUGAUCGGAUCGUUUUCAAUGCCAUUUUUCACAUCGUAUCUUCUACUUGGAUAUUGGCCCAUGGGUCCUUGGCUAUGUGAUCUCUGGCUAUCACUAGACUGGACAGUGUGUCUAGCUUCACAAUAUACAGUAUUUCUAAUUACAAUGGAUCGUUUUUGCUCUGUUAAACUUCCAGCCAAGUACCGGAACUGGCGGACAGAAAGAAAAGUAAUAAUUAUGAUAGCCGUGAUAUGGGUGUUACCAAUUUCAAUUUUUUUCACUUGUAUUAUUGGUUGGCAAUUUUUUGUUGGAAAGCGGACUGUGCCAGAACGUGAGUGUGAAGUACAAUUCAUGAGUGAUCCGGUGUUUCUUCUACUAUUAACAAUUGGAUAUUAUUGGACAACAUUAAUUGUUAUGUGCGGUCUAUAUACAGGCAUUUACAGAGUGGCCUUGAUGUUGCAGAGAAAAUCAGAAGCAAAACAUAAAAAAAUAAGUGCUGCAAUGGAAAUGGCAACAGACCAGAUACGACAAGCUCACUCUCUAAGAGCAGGGCAUGUUGACAAAACGGGGGUUGGUAAGGAUCACAAAGAUGGAAACAAUGUAGCAAUGACCACAACAAGUUUCAGUUCUAAGCGAAACAGUGAAAAGGAAGAAGAGCGGUCAAGUAGUCCAGCUUUUGCUUCAGAUGAUGAAAAUAGUAGUCAGUCUCCUAAACCAUCCAAGAAACCAUCUCCGAAGGAUCUUCCACAAUUACUGUGUGAUAUUGGGAAAGUCCCGGCCGGUUUAAUUGAAGAUGCACCUAUGGCAACGAGUAAGAGUCAUAUUAAAGCCAAUGGCAGCAAAAAAAAUAAGGGAAAUCUAAAAUUUUCAACGAAACAAAGUCAGAAAAGCAAGAAUAAUGUAGCAGAAAGUUUAAACAAUAGAUCUAUGUCAAAUGCUAACACAAAUACUGUUAUGGCAUUAUAUGAACCUGCCGAAGUGAAAACUGCUCAGAAAUCAUCGAGAUCGACUUCUUUAGUUGAUAAACAAAACUCUACAAUCCCUCUUCUCAUAAAUGAAACCAACAAAUUUGCCUUUGAAGAAGGAAUUCAAGAAACUGAAAAUAUAUUAAAGAACGAAGAUAAUGCGGCAGUGGAUGACGAAGAAGAGGAAGUUUUGAUAGACUGUAGUAUUCCUCACUUAGAAGCUGAAUCCGCUGAAAGUGUAAAGCUUCUUCCAGAGAUCAUGCCAGACGUGACAUAUACUGGAGACAACAAUUUGAUAACUUUGGAUUCAUGUGAACCUGAGAGCAAUGAAGCCCAGAAUUCUCCUGUUUGGAAGAGGAGAUCUCUGGUCAAGUAUUCAGCAUCAUCUCCGGCCAUAGACCUAACCGCUUCUUCGUCAGCAGUUGCGGAAGCCAGUUAUUCUAGUUAUGAUGAAGAUGGAGGAGAGGGAGGCGAAGAAGGAGAAAUGACCAGUUUACUUCAGCAGUGUAUCUCUCAACCUUCUGUGAUGAUGACGGCCACAACAGCAACAACGCCCCCACCAACUACAAUGUCCUCAGAAAUAACAACAGCUGAAAUGGAACCAGAAAUUGAUAAUACUGCAGCCACAAUACUUACUAUGGCAAUGGAGGAAAUACCGAAAGUGAAUUCCACAGCUUCGGACUUUUCUCCUCAUUGUCCUGAUAAUUCGUUUCGAUUUCCCGACACAGAUUAUGAGAAAGAAAAUACAAAUUUAGCCAAUGAAGGCGCCAUAUUGGAAAAUUACGAAAACAUACAAGAACAACUAGAAGAGCAGCAUCAGCAACACCAUCCCCAACAGGAAGAAAAACAAAUAGAGCAAGAAGAAGAGCAAGAAAAACCACAACAAACUGAGGACAACAAUGAGCUGCAGAAACAAUUAGAACAGGAGCAACAACAAAAGCAACAGCACCUAGAAGAGGAACAAACACAGAAACCAGAAAAGCAAGAUCCACAACAAAAACAGGAAAAACAGAAACUGCAGAAACCGCAUACCACAAACAAUCAAAAUGAUGAUUUGACUAGUGUAACAUCUAAACGUAAUCUAAAAUACAGCAGCCCUUUCCAAACCAUAGUGAAAAAUAUGGGUAAACAGAAGGUACGGCGGAGAUCAAAGAAAGAAAAGACGAAAUCAAAAUCAGAAAAUCGUGCAAGGAAGGCACUGAGAACAAUUACAUUUAUCUUAGGUGCCUUUGUUCUGUGUUGGACACCAUAUCACUUAAUGGUGGCCAUAAUCGGUAUGGGAGGAGGCAACAGUGAAGUUAGUGUCACCCUGUAUAAAAUUACUUACUGGCUGUGCUAUUUAAACAGUCCAAUUAACCCCUUCUGUUAUGCUUUUGCCAAUGUACAAUUUAAACGAACCUUUUUGAGAAUUCUACGAUUUGAUUGGCACCGGACAUGAAGCAAAUUCAACAUUAAAGAAAGUUAUACUAUAUAUGCAUACCCAUAUGUAUACAUUAUAUAUAUAUAUGUAUA